AUGCCACAUACGAAUGUUACCGAAUCAAAAACAGAUUCGGUUUCUCUUGAAAACCGACCCGAAAUCCUCAUUAUCGGAUCCUCCACCGUCGGAAAACGCACCCUCCUUUCCCGGUUGUUAUCUGUUGAUUCUGAAGAUGCAUUUAAUUCGGCUUCUGAAGUAAAUGUUCACGGCUGGACUAUUAACACCAAAUACUAUACUACUGAUGUUGUUGUUUGGAUGGCUCAUCUUCAAGACGGGUUUUCUGUCGACAAUGUUCCUGGGUUCAAUCAAAUGACUGCUUUGGUGAUGGUCUUUGACAUGAAUGAUUUAUCUUCGCUAACUGCACUUCAAGGUUGGGUCUCACACACAGAUAUUCAAAACUUUGAGAUAUUAUUAUGUAUUGGACACAAAGUAGAUCUGGUUCCAGAUCAUCCGGCUCAUAUUGAACACAAAAGACGGUUGCUGAAACUCGAAGACUCUUCUGCGAAUGAAUUCUCUGAGUAUGGAAUAUCUGAAUAUGAAGGAACUAGUUUGUUAGGGAGUGAAGAACUGUCCUAG